AUGAAUCAUAGUCACAGCAAUCCAAGCGAUUCCGCGUUUGAAACGCAGAUGAUUCCGACGUUGAUAACUGGUCACGGUAACGAACAUGAGACACUUUCGGACCUCUUUGAAGACCUUGAACAAAUGGUCACUUCACCUCGACAUCUCGCCAACGAAGGCCCUUUAGGCACAAGCGUCAGCGUCAACCAUCCAACGGCACAAACGGCCAACAGUCGUCUCAACCUGGCCCUUCAAUGUCACUCCUUGCCAGACCAAUUGUUCCUCGAAAACGCCUGCCCUUAUCGCACGAGAUCGACGGGACCGACCACCAAUGAUACCAUCUCCGCCAAUCUUGCGCAUGAGCAAGCUCAAAAUUCUUCGUUUGGAAAGUUGCACUCAUCAGAUAACUACUUUGAGGAUCAGGCUAGAGUUUCUGAUGCAACCCACACUACCUCCAGCACGCCAUCACCCAAUGUACCGGUCAACACAACACCUGAACACACUAGUCAUACAUCCCAUUCAUCAAGUGCGGACUCUCAAGAAUCGACACAAGGAAACCAACAUUCCACCCAUGGCGCGUCACCCAAACAAUUUACACCCAAUCCCCCUCUCAAGUAUGCUAACAAAGCCUUCAAGACAUCACAUCGAUAUUCUCAUGGCUUAAUAAACAGCAAUAACGGACCUCCUCCUCACAGGCAAGAUAGUAAUCAAACUUUGUCCAGCCUUGUUCAUGAUGCGAGCAUCUGUAAUCACCUUCAACGAUCUGAGUCUCACUUCGACGGGUCUCCUUCAGCUGGUGCGUGGCCAAAUCAGAUUCUGUCACCAGAGUCUCAAUUGAUCAGAAGUAGCCACAAAUCUUCGCCAUCAAACCAAGAACAUGUCGAAAUGUCUUUGAACACUGCUCAUGAUAAAAAUCAAUCAAGUCCUGGUGAAAGCGGCCAAUCCUCGAUCAAUUAUCUACCUGUACCUGGCUUAUAUUCUUCAGAAAGUCGGCGAAACUCACCAAGUCCAUGUCCAAGCCGCCAAUCCUCAAGGAUGUCCUCAUGUUCAGCAAAUGAUUUUCAACAUAAUCCUCGACGUGCAGCCACAUCUAAUUAUGAACAUCCGCCACUUGCAAUACCCUCUCGGUCUUCGUCCAAUCAUUUAAGACCACCGCAGGCCCAGAGCAACAUCUCUCAGCAAUAUCAAUUCCAUUCCGCAAGUUUGACAUCACACUCUCAACCACGGCCCCCCUCAAGGACGUCUGUCUAUUCUUCUGAGAGUCAGAAAAAUCAACCAAGUCUUGAAAGCGGCCAAACCUCAAUCUAUCAUCGACCCGCACCUAUCCUAUAUGCUUCUGAAAGUCAGCGAAACUCACCAAGUCCCUGUCCAAGCCGCCGAUCAUCAAGGAUGUCCUCAUGUUCAGCAAAUGAUUUUCAACGUAAUCCUCGACAUGCAGCCACAUCUAAUUAUGAACAUCCGCCACUUGCGAUACCCUCUUGGUCUUUGUCCAAUCAUUUACAACAAUCCAAUAAUAGACCAGAUCUACGUGAAAUUGGCCUCGAUGGCCGUCAGGACACGGGAAACCAGCGUUGUGGAGAUUCUCAAAUAUAUAGUCACGUUCAAAAUACAACUCGAGAUCACCACAGCUCAACGCAGGCUUUUGCAUCUAAUUCGGCACCUUUGUUUUCUAAUCAAUUUGACGAUCCCUCACUUGCAUAUCCUCAAGACUCCACAAGGCAAAAUAUCGGACCUCCUCCUUUAAAUGGAGACCAUCCGCUCAGUUGCUACAGUGCUGUUCCUAAUUCGAGCCCGUCUGGCUACUUUCGACCGCAUGCAUCACAGUCUAAUCAUCUUCCUGCUUUGAACGUACAACAAGAAUUUAUAUCACGUCCAAAAGGCAUUCCAAAGCAUCAAGAGUGUCAUGUGAGUCUCAAUCAAAUCCAGCCCGGUCUUCCGCGAGGCAAUCAAGUCUAUGACGACGCCCGACAUUACGCUCAGACCACCCAUAGCCGCAUUCACCAUGAUGAGCGAGCUCAAAAUUAUACUCCAACCUACCAUUCCCAUUUACCCCAGCCACUCAGCGAGGAUCAAACUAGAGAUCAUACUUCGCAGUUACCCAAUCCUCCAAACGCGCAUGCCUUUGUCCAUGCCCCCCCUCCAGCACCUCAAAAUGCCAAUGUGAAUUCGUGGGAUGGAUUUCAAUUUGAGUUCGGGGGGAAUCCCGUUUCUAACUUCAUUACACCUUUGGCAAAUCCAGUACCCCCUCAAUUUUUUAACGUACCUUCUAUUGAUGAACCAUCAAGACCAUCUCAGACCCAGAGCCAAAUGAUUUGCCCAGCUUUCCAACAACACCAACCCCAGCCAACAGUAGCGACAUCGGGUUCUCAUGUUCGCCCAUCAUCCAGGAUUCGUCAAUAUCCCAUGACAAUGGCGUCCGCUACAACGUCUGUGGCUGAUAUGCCCAGAGUUCGACAUCCACGCAAUCAGACAGCAGAUGUCGAUUUGACAAGAGAAGAAGAGGCAAUGAAUCAACAAGAGGCCAUGAGCGAAGACGAGCCUAUGGACGAAGACGAGUCUAUGAACGAAGACGAGGUGAUGGAGAUCGACGAGGAAGACCAGGAGGAUGAGGCAGAGAAGGAUGACGAGGCAGAUGACGAUGAACAAGACCAAGAUACGGAUGUAUCCGACGUUGAUGGUGAUUUUGAUUUGGCUGAAAGCCGCAAGUAUCAGAACCGCCAAUCUGCACGCCGAGCUCAAAAGACCCUUGCCAGGCACGACGCGGUCCGUUUUGAGAAGCUUGCUAAGACACCUUUAGAGUGCACUCAGUACAAAAGACUCACAAUUGCAAUCCAUAACUACAAUAACCUGCUCCUUGGGAUCGUUCGGAAAGGUAAAGGCCGCAAGGGCAAUCGAUUGCUUCCCGCGCCCCCAUCUGACAAGGAAUAUUCUACUUGGGACCAACGGAAAGCAGACCGUUGGCGCAUUGUUGAUAGAAGCAUGAAAGAAGCUUGCCGUCACUACCUUUUCAAACAUCCACGCGCCCAGAAUGCCCAGCUUGCCAAAGUUGCUGACCACGCGGCUGAGGUAGCUAUCUCGGCAAUUCCACCUGUUAAAUUUAGCUCUCUAGUCGCCCUGAGGAACUCGGGUGUUCGUUUGUCAGCUUUGAAAAAAUGCUCUCAAGACUUUUUACCCGGAAAACAAGGCCCUCCUUAUUGGCAAACAGGAAUUUGGACUACAAGUUCCUUGCUAGCCUUGGACCACGCGCCAAUCAAACAUGAACAGACAUCCAUCCAUGUCUGUCCUGGGACAGCAAAGAUAUCAUUUCCGUCAUCAACUCGACAAUGA